AUGACCUCAACCUCGUCCCUCACCGGCUCAGGCACUGCUUAUUCUUCAGACAUGGAGGAAUCAAACUUUCUGAAACGCAGUCGUAUCAUUCACUUUGCACGACUUGGUCUAUCUUUCUUGACUUUCAGUAUUGCUAUUGCCGUCGUCGGAUGCGAAGCCCCACCCUUGCGGCACUAUAAGCAUACCUCCCAAUGGGCGAGUGCCGGUCUCGCGCUGUGGCCGUUGAACUUUGACCUCCGUCCAACAACAGCCGCCAUUGCGUGCGGCUGUAUAAUUUCCAUCUUGAACUUGGUAUACAUCGCCGCUGCGCUCCUACCAUCUCCACAUUCCCGUAUCAAGCCACUUAACAUCUACGCCUCAGCCUCAGCAGUCGCAGGCUUCUUAGCCGCCCUGGUCGGGAUCCUAUUCAUAAUCUACCUCCCUUCCUCGGAUUACCCAGCAGGGUUCAGCAAGAACGAGACCCUCCACAGCUGGACCUGCAAGUGGAAGACUGGGACAAGCAGCAUCAGUACACCCCAUCACUUUGAUCGUGACUGUAUUAAUACCCGUGCUGGCUUUGUCUUGCUGUGUGUGCUUGUUGGAAUGGAAGUUCUGAUGGGCCUCGUUGCUGCUGCUGGCACGUGGUACCAGCGGGAUGUUACUCGUCGUCGGGCAGAGCAGGUCCAACUCGAGAAAUUGGAAAUUGCUACUAAGCAGACGUAUCACAAUUGA